UGCGCCGAGACUCCGGCGGCAUGGCCGCGAAGUCUCCAAGCCCGCCCGCCGUCAGAGCCACCACCUCCAAGCAGUUCCUCGCACUCGCCGGCUACAUUUUGGGCCGCGAGAUCGGCCAGGGCACCUACUCAAAAGUCAGGAUUGGCGUUAAGGGCGACCAGCGUUAUGCGGUCAAAAUCAUCCCGCGGCAUCUGGCACCUCGCGAGUACGUGUACCACUUCCUUCCGCGCGAGCUGGCCAUCAUCCCCAAGCUGAAGCACCCGAACAUCGUCCGCGUAUUCGACGUGCUCGAGAUCAAGCGCAAGGUGUUCGUCGUCAUGGAGCUGGCCACCCAGGGCGACCUGCUGCUCAAGAUCACCAAUGACGGCCGCUUCUCCGAGAGCAAGGCGUUCCACUACUUCGAGCAGAUCUGCGACGCGGUCGCCUACUUGCACCGACAGAACAUCGUCCACCGAGAUCUCAAGUGCGAGAACAUUCUGCUUAGCCCCAAACGACAAAUCAAGUUGGCAGACUUCUCAUUCGCCCGAAACACGCACAACGCGAACAAGCGCAAGGUUCUGAGCCGGACGUUCUGUGGCAGCGCGGCGUACGCGGCGCCCGAGGUGAUCCAGAACAUCCCGUACCGGCCCAAGCGCUACGACUCGUGGAGCCUCGGGGUCAUCCUCUACAUCAUGGUGUGCGGCCAACUGCCCUUCGACGACACCAACCCGUUCCAGCAAGUGCGCGCUCAGAUGAGCCGCCAGAUCAGCUUCCCGGCCUCGUACGGCCUCACCAAGAUGUGCCGCAACCUCAUCAGGCACCUGCUCGAGCCGUACGUGCUGUACCGUUGCUCCGUGCCCCGCGCCAUGAAGCACCCCUGGAUGCGCAAGGAGAGGAUCAAGCGGAAGCUCAAGCACAUGAAGGACAGCAAAUUGAGUGAGCUGGAGGGCAAGGACAGCGACGUGAGCAGCGCCGGCUUGCGGGCCGCCCAGUCUGACCUGAGCAUGGCGCAGACCGGAGCAGCAUCCCCGGGACAGUUCAGGGGCCGCGCCAUGUCCGCAUCCUCGAUGCCGCGACACCGGCAGCACGACGACUUCGGCGACCGCUACGAGGACGACUCGCCCGGCUACUACAGCAAGACGAUGCUGGCCAGCCACACGGACGAAGGCCCCAUCGGUUGGCAGCAGCCGGGCAUGCAGUACACGCCAAACCCGAUCUUCCAGCAGCCCAUGCGCCAAGGGCACGCGGUCGUCAACACCCGCGUGUUCCCGCCUCCGAUGGGUGGCGGCUAUCCGGGCGGCGCCAUGGGAAUGUACGGAAACAUGGGAGGAGGCAUGGGCAUGAUGGGGCCAGCGGGGCCGGGGUACAUGUCGCCCAUGGCCGGAGCGGGCAUGUUCCCCAUGCAGGGAGCGCCCAUGAUGGGCAUGCCGCCUCGAAGGCGUCGCUCCGGCGGCAACCUGAACAUAAACGUGGCCACGCCGCGGGGCUCAAUCUCGGUGUCCAGCAGCUCGUCCGGGUCGUACGUUUAGGCCGAGCCGUGUCUUCCCUACAUCUUGCGGCGCCGGUGGAGUGUUCCAGGAGGAGCAGCGGUGUGCGUACGCUACUUCGAACUGUAGAGAGAGCAACGUAGUCGCGCGGUGCCGAGGACUCGCGCUUAGAGCGCGUUACGAACGUUAAACGCAAAGAAGAAAAAUCGCGAUGCUUGGACGAAAUUAAGGAGGUUUGGCGGCGGUGUGAAAUUUAGUUGUCCCUUGCCGUGCAGACCGUUAAUUAGACACCUGCGAUAUAUGGGUAGCGCUUUUCACUCGACCAACCGUUUUGUGGGGGCGAUGAUGGGAUCGUUUUGUGUCAAAAUCAGGGGGGUUCAGUAAACGACGUUUAUUGUAGAAUCCUCUUUCCACAAUUUACUUUGGCUUCAAAUAAAAAUUUCGCACCCACUCACAUUAUACAGCCUUCGGCUAUUUGCUAGUA